ACUUGUUGUUAGUGGAGGGUGACUUGGACUCGGCCAUCCAGAGUGAAGGUGACAUCUGUGAUUCCUGGUCACUUUCCCCUCACUUUCCUGACUACUUUCCCUCACUUUCCCGCCACUUGGGAGUGUGAGGAGGCUGGUGGGGGCCCCUGGGGAGGAUGACACGCCUGUGGAGCUGCAUGAUGGGCCCCAGACUCUAUAAGAUAUAUGGAGACUUCCCGCGUCUCCAGAGCGAGGUGUACGUGCCUAAUGCACUGGAGAAGAUCGGAAACAAAAUCAUUCAAGGGCUUAACAUCUUGUACAACAUCGGACUGUACACGUCGCCCUUCCUUGCAACAUCUCUGUAUCGCUGGGAGCAGUUCACUUACAUCUCUGCAGUAAAAUGCAGCACAGGUUUGGGGUUGCUGUUGAUCGUGGCUAUGGUCUUCAGAGGCUUUGGCCGUCGUCUAAACCCCGUGUACAUGUCUUUCUUGAAGAUCUUGGCAAAGGCUCAACAAAACAGUCCAACAGAUAAGGUGAUGGAGCCACUGCGAAAGUACGAGUUUGAUUUCUCAGCUUGGCCCAUUAACUUCGACUGGACUGAGACAGAACGGUAUGAGCGCAAACCACGUGUUUAUGUGGACAGAGGUCUGACACGUAGAAAGGGCGGGAUUAUCAACCAAAUUGCAACGAUGCCUUGCCAGAUAAUAGCUUGGAUUGUCACCAUCCUUAUUGGCAAGAAAAUGAUUUACCCUGGCUCUAUACAGCUGUUGCAGAUUGCUGUUGAUCAGUAUCUCCUCCAAGGAAGAGAGAAAUUAAUACAAGAACAAGGAGGACUUCGCAACAAAGUCACUACUCGAGAUGGAAACAGCAUUGAUACAAUGCUCGUGGAUAGACGAGGAAAAAAGCAGUAUCCAAAUGGAAAGACCUUGGUGGUGUGCUGUGAAGGAAAUGCUGGCUUCUAUGAAGUUGGAAUUAUGUCGACACCAUUAGAAGCCGGGUUCUCAGUGCUAGGAUGGAACCAUCCAGGAUUUGCUUCCAGCACAGUUAGUAAUAUAUUUGUUCUAUUGCGCUGUAUGUUUGCAAAGUUCCUUGAAGGAUAUAUAUACCCUGAAGUGCAUCUCUCAUUGUGUAUAUACACAGAGUUUAGUCCUUAUUUUUGUGGAUUACAUGUCCUUGAUUUCAGUGAGACUCAGCUGCGAUGCAACCGUAGCAACGAUCUGUUAAUGAAAUUAAUGCGUACCAGAUAUCCAGAGUUGUUGUGCACCCAGUCCAUAGAGGUGCUUGCUCAAUGGAUGUCAGAAGAACCUGCACUCCAAGGAGCCAUCAUGAGUGAAUGUGGGGUGGAUAAUGACUUGUGCUCGACACUUCUGGCAACAUACAUCACAGAACAAGGUGAAUCCCACCCGUUAAUGAUUGGAGAAGAUAUGACAGACAGUGACAAGAGCAAAUUACUUCUAUAUCUUGCUAGCAAGUACCUGGUGGAUUACAACAGUCCUCAUAACAACCCUCUCGAGCCGUGCUAUUUCCGUAAACCCUGGAAGCCGCUGAGUGAUUCCUCAUACGUCCAGGUUUGA